GCCGAAGUCAUGGACGAAACUUCUAUAAGCUGUCACACAUUCACAUAUUCACAUUCACAUUCAUAAGAAAGGAAGAAAGAAGUGAAGGUAAAAUUAAAGAAAGAUAAUUUAGACCAUUGGUCAAUUUCAAAAUCUUCCAUCCCCCAUUUUAUUUUUUGCCUUGUUCUUGUCAAUUUCCCGUGUAAAAAUGAAGGGUUUUUUAGGUUGAUUUCUUAUUAUCAAACCCAACCAGAAACUUACGACCCUUGCGGUAUGCUCUUUCUAUUGAUCCCGGGAAAAGAUGGAAAGGCCCGUGGAGAUGUUUGAUGAGACUAUGGUAGACUGUCGUGGACUUUUGCCGAAGAUCAAAACUGAUGGUAUCUCGUUUGGUAAGCUUGGGUAUUUAGCUGGCUGCAAUGGUGCUAAAGUGGUAGCUUUUAGGACAAACGAAAGCACAGUUGAUGAUUUUCGUAAGCAAGUUAUAUCAUCAUCUUCUUCCGAAGACUCACAUGCGAUCACUUCCUACCAUAGAAGAGUUUUUAAGCAGACUGGAGCUGGCCAUAUUUCGCCAAUUGGGGGUUAUCAUGCUGGAAAGGACAUGGUUCUCAUCUUGGAUGUUGCACGUUUCAAAUAUCCUCCUCACUGGGUUCCGCUUACUCUACUGUGGGAUGCCAUGAACACAAUUGCAAUAGAACUACCUAGAGGAUACAUGAUCUUGUCAAAGCCUACCAGUGACGGUCUACGAUAAUAUUUUGAUCUAUAUUUCUGUUUUAUAUAUAAAUAUACCAAAAUUAAUUUACUUCCAUUACUAAUUAA